AUGCGAGGAGAUAGCCAGAGCAGGCCUGCCCGGCCCCCUCCCCACCUAUUCUUUGCGUCCGUGACAGCUGCAUCGUGCGGGAAGCAGAGGGCAGACGGUGAUGCUGCAGUUCCGGCGGAGCCGGGGGUCACCCGGCCUUCGAGCGAAGGGGGUGCAGGCAGCGGCCCCGGCGACUCGUGUCCAGCCGUUUCAGUGAGCGUAUUUGAGCUCCUGGCUCAGUCCCCUGGGUUUCAGCAGGCGGAUGAAGAGGGGGUAGCUGUAAGAAAACAGGAUUCAGAAAACAGGAUUCAGACUUCUUUCCAAGAAUGGUGUGACACCAGGGUUUUUGGUGUUCACAGGAGAGACCCGUCCCCUCCUCCUUGUCCUGGAGACAGGGCUCGCCUGCUGGAACAGCGGUUAUCCAGCCAGGAAGAGACCAUGGCUUUCCUCCUCCAUGAGGCUUUCCAAAUCAAAGAUGACAUCAUUGCUUACCUCCAGGGAAGAACAGGUUAUCACCAUGGGGAGACUGCUGCCCAGCAGCUUCUGGAAAACCACAUCCAGACCAUUACAAGCAUCAUUAAAAAGCUCAGCCAGGACAUUGAGGUUUUGGAGUGGCAAAUCAGAACAAGGGAUGGUGCUGCAGCAGAAACUAAUUUUGCAGUUCAAACUCUGGACCAUAAAUACAGCCAGUGCCUUGGGGACCUGCGUGGAAGAGUGGCAAGAUGCGAAGCAAGCAUUGCGAAGCCGUCGGGAGACAUCAGUAUUAUCAGGCAUGAGGCCCAGAAGACUGAUAAAGAGAUCUAUGGCCUUCACUCUUCCCUCAAAAAUUGUGUUGCUGAUUUCGAAAAGAAGGUAAUGCAGCUAUUAGGGAAGAUAGAGAUUUCCACCUCUGAUCAAAGCUCAAAUUUAAAGACAGCCCAGGGAGAUCAACAUCACAAAUUGCAACUUCUGGAUUUCAAGUUGGCAAGUGUUCUAAGUGACUUCAGGGAUCAGACACAGACUCAUCGGAAGUGGACAGAAGCGCAGUUGGCACGGUCCGAAAAAGGUCAAGCCCAGCAGAGGCAUCAGCUGCUUGACUCAGUGAAGGAAAGACUGGAAAGAGCAGAAAAAAGAGCAGAGGAAAAGCUCCUAUUUCUGUCACUAACGCUAGAACAAAUGGAUAAACCACAGAAGUACGAAAAGCAGUUGAACCAGAUGAGAAGUGAUGAAAAAAAACUGCAUGAAAGACUCACCAGAUUUGAAAGACAGAUCUGGAAGGAGAUUGAGGAAAUCCAAAAUGAACACAGAUCAGGACUUCAAUCCAUUCAUGAGUCUCUGGAGCUGCUCAGACAAAUACACAACACAAAGAUGAAACUUGAAAAAAAGAAAAUUCAUAAAGACAUGAAAAAGGUACAACGGAAGUGA